GAGCGUGAUAAGAACGUUUUAGUCAGAUGCCGCCCCCAGCUAUAUUCAUCUCGGUCUUUCUAUUGUCGCUUCAGUUGACUCAUGUGUCGUCGCGGACCGACAGUCCGGAGUUACGCAAACUGAUAAGGCAGCAGGAUGAAAGUACUACAGAAGCCCCGGUCCUUCAGUUCGAUGAUGAGAUCAAGGUCUGGGCCCAAGGUCUGGAGCAGCUGGGCCUGGACAUGGCCCAGUUUGUGGAGCAGUGUCGUCUGCCGGGUAGUGACUGCCAGCAGCGGAGUGUCCUGCGGCAGCUGAAAGUCCUGCGGCACGGCUAUACUGAGCUAAAAGCCCGACUCGAGGCUCUGGAGAUUAAGUUCGUGGGAAGCGUCAGUGACCAGGAGGCAAUGGAUGGCACUCUGCGAAAGGUCAAGGUUAUAUUGAGGGAAUACGAUGAGACCUUCCAAAUGCUGAAAUCAAAAACCUACAGAUUGGUGGGACAGUAGGUAGAACAAAUAAAUCCAGAAUUAAAUUAAAUCAGUUUUUAA